AUGUCGCCAAAUUUUGAGACAAUUACAACACUAUCUGUUAUCUCAGGAUGGUUAAUAACUCUGGCAGACGAUUUUGCCGAUCAGUUAAUGUUCUUUCAGGGGGAAUUUCUGGAUCAAACUCUUUUUAUUAACACCAAUCCAAUCAAAUAUGUUCGUGAUUUAAUCGCUCCUGUAAAUAUUAUACUUGUCACGACCCUCUGGUUUCCACUUUCUAUCCUUGCAAUUCUUGUCGUGGUUUUCUUCAAUGCGGGAGAGAAUCCUCGGACUAGGUCUACCUUCGCUCUGAGAAAAAUGUUUCACUUUCUAGCUGGGGUUGUCUUUGCUACAGGUUUGCUUGUGUCGCCACACUUCCUUUCCUUCGCUGCCGCUUGUGUUCUUUUGGCAUUUCUUGCUGUCGAAUGGAAUCGGAAACAAGGGCCUUCCCAUAUCUCCAAAAUCCUGAAUGACUUCCUGAAACCCUUUCGAGAUUCUCGGGAUUCGGGUGAGCUUAUCUUCACUCCAAUUGCUCUUCUACUUGGCUUGAGUUUGCCCAUUUGGAAUUUCGGAUUCGAAAGUCAUGUGUCUCCUCGGGCUUGGAUUGGCGUCAUAACUAUUGCCCUCGGUGAUAGUGUUGCUGCUCUGGUCGGCCGAAAAUGGGGUCAUUAUUUUUACCGCUGGCCAGGAACUCAUCGAACUAUCAUUGGCUCAAUGGCUUCAUUCAUUUCUCAGAUGCUUCUGUGGGCUCUCUUGGCUGAGUUCUACGGUUGGUCCUGGCAAGUGGGAAUCCUUCCUCUGGGAAUGGGCGUUCUUGCUGAAGCAUACACCGAGCAGAUCGAUAAUCUUGCCAUUCCUCUUCUUGUGAUGUCCCUCAUUCCCUCUACGCUGUAA